AUGUACUUUGGCCGAUUUCGUUAUGCCUCUUUUUCUUUUCAUUGUUGGGGUUGCCAUAGCCCUUGCACUAAAGGUAUGUAUACCCUUGCACUAAAGGUCAAUAAAGAGAAUUUAGCCUUAGUGGAAAAGUCUGAGAAGGCUAAGAAGAUUGUUGAAGAGGUUAAAACCUUUGUUGUUGAGAAAGUGUGGGGUUCUGAUGGUUUUUGUUUGAUGCGGACUGCUGGUGAGGCCCCAAACAAGCAAGUGCCACGCCAUGGAAUCGUCGGUGACUCGUUUGACUCGCUUGAGUUUAUUAACACCACCAUCGUUCACUCCCUCACUCAGACACACUAG